GACGCUCAUCAGCUGAUUCUGUUUGCCUUUAUUGCAAUUUGUUGUUCUGUCGGUGUCUGGUGUUUUGUCUGGGCAUCUUUUUCUUCAUUGUUUAAACGAUAUACGAUCAUAAAACACGUAAGAUAAACGCUCAAAUUGAAAAAUAAACUCUGCUUUGAUACCACGGAGAAAUACGUUUAACAAGAAAACCUAAUAGUAUCGUAUACGUGCAAACGUUAUAGCUAUGGAAAACGGUGUUAGAAUAAUUGUGAAAUGGUGUGGAAAAGAAUACGACAUAUGCAGCAUUACCGAAAACGACACAGUAUCAACCCUCAAAGAUCUCGUACACAAGGAAACGGGUGUCAGGCCCGAAAGACAAAAAUUACUCAACCUCAGGUUCAAAGGUAAAGCUGCUCAAGACGAUGACACGAUAGGAAAGCUGAGUAUAAAACCGGGUUUUAAACUAAUGUUGAUGGGUUCUCGCGAAGAAGAUAUUGCAGAGGCAAGUCAGGCACCUGAGAAUGUUCCGGAUGUUGUUAAUGAUCUUGAUAUAGGGGAGGAAGAAAUUAUAGUAGAGAAAGCGGAGGUGUACCUUGCAAAGAUCAACAGGCGAAUAAAUGAGUAUCCGGUUAUAGAGUUGAAUCCGUUGCGGGAAGGGAUGAAGUUACUGGUUCUAGAUAUAGACUAUACUUUGUUUGACCACAAGUCGCUUGCGGAAAGUGGUGAAAUGUUGGUGCGACCAUUUUUGCAUGAAUUUUUAACGUGCGCUUACAAAGAUUAUGAUAUUGUGAUAUGGUCAGCUACUAGCAUGAAGUGGAUAAAUGAAAAAAUGCGUAUGCUGGGUGUGUCAUCGCACCCUAAUUAUAAAAUUGCAUUUCACUUAGACUCGCUGGCAAUGAUAACCGUCCAUACACCAAAGUACAGCGUUGUCGAUGUGAAGCCCCUAGGCGUUAUAUGGGGGAAGUAUAAACAGUUUUCUGCAAAAAAUACGAUAAUGUUCGACGAUAUACGAAGGAAUUUUGUAAUGAAUCCACAAUCUGGUCUGAGAAUAAGGCCCUACAAACAGGCACACUUUAACAGAGAUAAAGACAGAGAAUUGCUCAAGUUGUCAAAAUAUUUAGAACUCAUAGCAAAAGUCGAUGAUUUUCAGACACUGAAUCAUAGAAAGUGGGAGGAGUAUGUCUCAAAGAAAAAAAGGAGCGAAAGGCGCAGCGAUGGAGAUGACUAAAUAUUGUAGUCCCUUUCAUUAUCGAUAUUAAAUGUGACAGAUUUCAGAUAAAUUUUAUUGAAUAUUUUUUUAUCACAAUACAUAAAUAGUUUUAGACACAAACACGUCCCGUUACCGAACAGCUGUAUGUAUCCUGAUGCGAGAAUUGAUCAUUUUAUACUGUAUCUAUAACUUACUCUUUUUUCUCUAAUAAGGUUUCGAAAUGAAUUCAAAUGUAUUUUCAACACGUGAGUUGUGUAUA